UUGUUCUUUUGCCGAGUUUCGUUCCCUGGGAACAGCUCCGCAGCAGUCGUUCCGAGUUACUUUUGACUCGGAGUCGCAGGACAGGUUUUUUGUUGGUAAGUGAAAUCCAUUAGCAUAAUCAAAAGUAAACGCAGGAGCAUGCCCGCGCUUUCCGGCCGGUCAAUAAAAUCUCAUCAUAUCCAUUUUCUCGUUUAGCAUUUGUUAUCACAGAUCUUCGACGCUAUCUCUCGAUCCGAAUUCCUCUAACUUGGUCAGAACCUGUUGUAAAACGUAAGCUCCACUUACCCCCUCUACCGUCCCCCCAUGUUAACUAUAUAUUCCCUUCUAGCACUAACGUCUGGGUCGGGCGCUAACGACCCUAAACUCGUGCGUCUAUCAUGCAUGCUGUAGUUGGACACUCUGUCCUCAUCAUCUAAUAACUUAGACGACUUACAAUGAACUACCCCCCGCAAUUGGCGCCGCAGCCUGGUUCGUCUCAAUUAGGUCACAAUCAAUUCUCCCAACGACCUCCCUCCUCAAACAUGUCCUUCGGAAUACCCAUGAACACCAACCCCGGCAUCUCCCAAAUGAACGGUGCAAACAUGCCCAUGAAUCCCGGCAACAACAUGGGUGUACCCAUGAACCCAGCCAUGUCGAUGAAUCCGCACAACAUGGCCAUGAACAACAUGCCAAUGAACAUGAACAUGAACAACAUCAAUCCAUCAUUCCUCACCACUUUUCAGAACUCCCAAAAUUCGCAGAAUGGCAUGAUGGCUAAAUUUCCAAACUACCAGGCCUCCCAGCAGUCUAUGCCCCCUUCUACGCCUAAUCUUGGCUCUACGCAUGGCCAGGGCCAGUCCAUAUCGCCAUCGCAGCUCAUGUCAGCUUCCCCGUCGCAGCUUAUGGCUCAACAAUCGCAUUCACAAGGCUCUAAUUUGACGCUUACCCCCGCGCAGCUCCUUCAACAGCAACAAGGCGGCAUGAGCCAAGCCUCCAUGGGCACCAUGCACCCAGCUAUGAGCGGAAUGGCCGGGAUGAACAUGGGUGCUGGUGGAAUGCAGAAUUUGAAUAUUGGUAACCCCAUGUCCAACAUCAGCGGAGGUGCGAUGAACAUGCCUGCCGGCAUGCAGAACAUGGGCGGGAACAUGGGCAUGUCCAAUAUGAUGAGCGGUAUGCCAAACCUCAGCAACCCUCAGGUACGCAUGAACAUUACGGCUCAGCGUUGGGCGCAGAUGUCGCCCCAGGAUCGUGCCAUCUUCCAGCAGCAACGGCAUCAACUUGGACCGUCAAGCGUUCCUAAUCAACAACACCACGAGCGGGGCCCAAGCCUGACGCACGACCGCCCACCGAGCCAGCAUGGGAGACAUGACCGUGCUCCGAGUCAAUCCCAUGACAGGCAGCCCAGCCAGCAACCGCAAGAUGUCUCUCAGGUCACAGACCGCCCUUCCUCAUCCGCUUCUAUUCGCUCCCACCACUCCCAUCAUAACCUUGACUCUGGCCUGAUGCCCCCACCAUCCUCUCGACCUGGUACUUCCAGCGGUGGCAUGGGUGUUCCAAACGUUAAUCCACGGAUGAAUCAGCAAUCCAUGAAUUUAAACCCGCACCUUAACAUGACGCCCGGUGCCAACAUCAAUCCUAACAUGAAUGUCAGCAGUAACAUCAACCCUCACAUGAACCAGGCCUCGAAUAUCAACCCUGUGAUGAACCCGACUCAGGCGCAGCAGAACAUGAACUCUGUCAUGCACAUGAACAUGUCCCCGUCGAAUAUCAAUCCUGCGAUGAACCAGGUGCAGAAUCUGAAUCCACACCUAAAUCGCCCUCCGACGAGAGCAGAUUCUGCGCAUGGACUUAUUGCGUCGCCAAAGCAAUCACCGAGGAUGUCGGGGAUGAUGAAUCUUGCUGGUGGCCCUCCUGGAGGCAUGUCUGGUAACAUGGGUGGCCAGAUCAACCUUGGAAUGACGAACAUGCCCAGCGGUGCGAUGGGAAUGCAUGGUGCCCCCAUGAGUGGCGCCCCUGGUAGUGGCAUGAACAUUGGCAUGGGCGGCAAUAUGAACGCAGCUAUGGGAACAAUGGGCAAUGCUGGUGUAGGUAGCAUGGGGAAUGUACCCAGCAUCGGCAGCAUGAGUAAUCUUGGCUCAGCGAACAUGAAUCCUAACACUAUUGGCGGCUUGGGAGCCGGUGGCAGCAUGCUAGGCGGAGCGGGGGGAGGUCUUAUGGGCCCUCCAGUGAUUCCUCAAUCCAUGCAGCGGCCAGAAAGAGACCAGAUGAUGCAGAGAGAACGCUCGAGCUCGCUCCAUGGACGUGAACAGGUGAGGAGCGCACCUCCGUUCUUCACGUAUCGUGAACUGAUUUUGCAAACGUUCUUUUACCCGUUGAUGUGUCGUCGUCCGUUGUCGUGCUCCAGAGUAUGCCUCCGGCGUCUGCUGCACCGUUUAUGGGUCAGGGUCUUGAUAAUGUCAGUGUCCAGGGAAUGGGAAAUAUGACUGGUGGUAUGGGUAGCAUGCCUCGGCAGCAAUCCCAACCGCCGAUCAACACACAUCAGCAAUCGCCUGCCUGCCAAAGACCCCCAGGCCACCGCUCCCCCAUGCCUCUUGUUCGGAAAGCCGGGGAGAUACCCGCCACACCGGCGCUUUCCGGCACCCCAAACCCCGCCGCACCACAUCCAGGCGCAGCUGUGGUCCCGAAACUGCCCCCUCAUCUUGCAGGGCUCAAUCCCGCCGUAACCAAGAUUUCGUUCAUCCCUUACACUG